ACCGUAGGAGAAACAAAGGCAUACACACACUUUCCCGACAUACGUAGGUCUUCCAUCGAACUACGUAGCUCUAUGUUACUCGAAAUGCUUUAGGUUACCGUAUCGCGAUGCUCCGAUCGCUCGGCUGUGGUGACGAAUAUUUAUACACUAACGACUCCUGGUCGCUCGCGGCCUGAUCACACUGUGACCGGGUACCAACACGGCACGUAAAACUAUCCUGCGGUGACAUCCGUAUAGCCUCGACGACGCCCGAUAUUGCACGCCUGGAACUUCCAUAGGGUCGCAUAUGGUCCUGUCAAUUUUGAUCUCGCUGCGUCCACCCUGACCUAGUUGGUGAUACUCCUCCACUGUCUUUGACGACGAUGCGCUUCACUCUUCUCUCGAUCCUUUCUCUCGCCGUCGUGAGCACAACCACGGCGCAGGGCGCCAACAGCUCCGAGCUCCUCGUACCCACCACGAACGGACCAGUGCUCGGACACUACGCGGCUACCGCCCCGGCAUCGGUGCGCGAGUUCCUAGGUAUUCCAUAUGGCGCGCCUCCGAUCGGCAGGCUACGUUUUGCGCCCGCUGCGAAGCCGAACCCGUGGAUAGAGCCGAUCGACGCGGGCAAGUUCGGUCCUACAUGCUACAACGCGAUGAUUCCCCCGGAACUGGAGAUUGUGGCGAAGCCACCCCUAGAAGAUGAGGAUUGUCUUUCCAUCAACGUCUGGACGCCGACAAAGAAACGGUCAAAAGGCCCGGCGGCGGUACUGCUCUGGACGUAUGGCGGUGGGUUCACAUUCGGUGGAUCCUUCACGCCAGUGUAUGAUGGCACCAAUCUCGUGCGAGACCAGCAGGACGUCAUUGUGGUUUCCUUCAACUAUCGUCUCGCCGUCUUCGGCUACCCCGGCUCUCGCGGUCUACCCGCUAAACAGCAAAACCCGGGUCUCCUCGACGUCCGCAGUGCAGUGGAGUGGACACGCGACAAUAUCGCCGCCUUCGGUGGUGAUCCCAAAAGAAUCACGCUCUUUGGGGAAUCAGCCGGGGGAUCCGCCACAGACACCUACCUCUACUACGCUAAGGACGACCCGAUCAUCGCGGGGGCAAUCAUGCAAUCCGGAACUGUUUCGCUCACCGACAUCGGCGUUCUCGGGCUGCCCUUCGGCGAGAGCUGGGGAAACCUCACUCGGCUAGUCGACUGUGGCAACCAGAGCGCAGCGCAGGAGCUGGAAUGUAUGCGCCAAGUCCCAGCCAAGUACCUCCGCGACACCAUGUCGGCGAACAAUCUCACCUUUACGCCGGCCCAGGACAACGGCACCGUGUUUUCCAACUACCUUUCGCUGCUGGAAUCCGGCAGCCGAGCGAAGGUUCCGCUCCUCGUCGGCUCGAACGACCAGGAACUCCUAGCGGUAAACAACACCGCCGAGGCAGCCGCCACCGGCUCGUUCUCGACGCUACAAACCUUCACGUGCCCUGCGGCCCAAACGGCGCGGUACCAUGCGCGGAUCGCGCCUACUUGGCAGUACAGAUACUUUGGUGCGUUCCCGAUGAGGUUCGGGAACUUCACCAUGCCGGGAGUGGCGUCGCAUGGCGCCGAGAUCCCACAGGUGUUUGGGACGUAUGAUCCCGACGGCGCAUCGGAGGAACAGCGCGACAGUAGUGCAUACAUUCAGGGUGCGUGGGCUGCUUUCGCGAAGGAUCCGAAGCAGGGCUUGAGGAAAUACGCGCCGAACUGGCCUACGUAUAGUCGUGCUUGCAAGAGCUUGGUCAGACUGACUUAUAAUAAUCAACCGGGAGCAACGUUCGUUUACCCCGAGAGCUACGAGGCAGGAUGCAGUUUCUAAAUAUUUGUAUAUACGCCCAACCCUGUAACAAUAACAAUAACAAUCACUCCGCUC